AUGUCUGCUAAUCAUCUUCCCAGGCUUUCCCAGCUCAUUCACAUGGCUACCCCUGAACUGGCUGAAGUGGAGAAGGCUAUGCUGAGGGAGCAGUUUGUCACUGCUUCUACAGCUUUGGUCACUGAGGCUAGGUGCCUCCUGGAUGACGAGGAACUGUGGGAGGAAAAGGUGUUGUGGAUGCACUGGUGGGAGAAGAGAACAGCUGAGGGCUUUCCCAUUGUUGAACAUGGUCAGGCACUGGGGGUCAACUUGAGGAUCAAUGCAGUGGAUGGGCCAAUCAUGGCAGAGGCUGAUGAGGCCUACAAGAGGUGGGCCACAGAGGAGGUUGCCAUGGCAGUGCAUGGAGGGGUUGACAAGGAUGUGCAAAUGGGAGAGGAGGCCAUGCAGGAGGUUGGCAAGCAGGGAGUGAGCACAGAGGUGCCAGCUGCAACAGUGAAGAUGUCACAUGUGGAGGUGUCCCAACCUGUACAAAAGUGGUCUUGGCAGAUGGUCAUGGAGAGCAAGGAUGAGGCUGAGACACCCAAGGUCAUGGUUCUGCUGGGGUCCAUCCUUCACAAGGAGCCUUGCAUGAGAUGCACAUGCAUCAAGCAGGGUUGUGAGAAAUCCACAAAGGCUGGAAGGAAGGCACAGGUCUGGGGCCAACAGCUUGUAGUGCAGACCUUGAGGGCUCCUAAGGCUGGCUCAUCCAAGAAGGUGGCCAAUGAUGAUGACAAUGUCAAUGUUGAAGUGGUUGAAAGCCACUCACACACAAAGGGAAAGGCCUCAGUGCAUGGUGGGCUCAACAGCAAGGUCACAGCAGACCUGUUGCAGGCUGAGGCUGCAGAGUCACAAGACAUAUACCUGUGCCUUCAAGUUCACAUUGACCAGCUUGCAGAGGUGCUGGAGAAAAUAGGGGUUGAAUAG